ACGCUCCCAUGCAUUAUUUAGUUAAUUGAAGGGAAUGAAUUAUUGAAUAUCCAUUUCAUGCAGCAUGAUCUCAAACCUGAAAUGAAUCAUGGCACACCAGAGAUUUGUACGCUUUUGCAUUCUUCAUCUCUUUCUAAUCAACGUGAUUUAUUCGAAGGUUUCCUCCAUCAGAGGCGAUGAGGAUGAAUACAUCUCAGCCGUUGGUGAUCCGGGAAUGAAAAGGGAUGAGCUGAGAUUGGCGAUAGAGGCAUGGAAUCAAUGCAAUGAGGUUGGAGAAGAGGUUGUCAGAAUGGGAAGCCCCAGGGCUGCUGAUUGCUUUGAUGUCUAUAAAGAUUCACCAUUUCAGCCACAAGUCCCAAUCAUGUUACUCCACAGAGUGACAGAGCAGGAUAACAAGCUAGGAAUUGGCCGUUCUUUUCCCGGUUUGAGACAAGAAGCAAUUUCCAAUCCAGACCUUUAUGCUUCACAGAAAGAACUCUACAUAGGCUCAAAAUGUCAAGUGGAGGACACACCAAGACCAUGGCAGUUCUGGAUGAUCAUGCUAAAGAAUGGCAAUAUGGACACCAAAGCAGCAAAGUGCCCCAAAAAUGGCCACAAAUCAGAGCCAUUUGGGCCUGAUAACAACUUCCCUUGCUUUGGCAAAGGCUGCAUGAAUCAACCUCUGAUUUUCCACAAUUACACAAGUUCACAAGGGCCUAAUAAAACAAUGCUAAAAGGAACCUUUUACGGAACAUGGGAUUUGAAUUCUAGUUUCGGAAAAACUAGAAAAAACUCGUUUUAUUCUGUGAAGUGGGAAAAAGAAGUUGGAAAGGGAAGUUGGUCUUUCCACCAUUUUCUGAGGACCUCUACAAAAUAUCCAUGGCUAAUGCUCUAUCUAAGGGCAGACACCACAAUUGGAUUCUCGGGUGGGUACCACUAUCCAACUAGAGGCAUGUUAAAAAUUAUCCCAAAAUCGCCAAACUUCAAGGUGAGAUUCACCCUACACGUGAUCAAGGGAGGAGGUCCAAACAGCCAAUUCUAUUUGCUGGACAUUGGAAGCUGUUGGAAGAACAAUGGAAAACCAUGUGACGGAGAUGUAACAUCAGACGUUACACGAUACAGUGAAAUGAUACUAAAUCCAGAAACAAUAUCAAAGUGCAAUGCCACUAACCUAAAGAUGUGUCCUCCAUAUCACACAUUCCCUAACGGAACCAGAGUUCACCGAAGCAACACAUUGCAUUUUCCCUAUGGGGCAUAUCACAUGUAUUGCUCACCGGGGAAUGGGGAGAAUAUUGAGAUCCCUUAUGUUCCUUGUGAUCCAUACAGUAAUCCUCAACCUCAGGAGAUUUUGCAGAUUCUGCCUCAUCCCGUUUGGGGUGACUAUGGUUACCCUACCAAGAAAGGUGAGGGUUGGAUUGGAGAUUCAAGAACAUGGGACCUUGAUGUUGGUGGGCUAUCCCAUUCCCUUUACUUUUACCAGGAUCCAGGAACAAGACCAUCUACAAGGGAAUGGACAUCAAUUGAUUUAGGAACAGAAAUAUUUAAAGAUCCUAACCAAGAGGCAGAGUGGACUGUUACUGACUUUGAUGUUCUUAUUACUAAGAAAACCGAGAGAAAUUAAAAAUAUCUUCCAUGAAUGAUAACUGUUAUAUACCAUAAAGUAUUUCUUAAUUGAGGGUAAGACAUCAUAUAUUCAAUAUUAUGGGAAAAAUAACAAAUUGUUUUUCUUGUAUCAAGUAUCAACAAUGUAUUUUAACGGAAUAAGAGACUAUUUAUAUUGCUGUAAAGUUUACAAGUAUGAAUUAUCAUUUUUAUAAAAUAUUUCACUAUAAUUACAUGAGUGUUUUUGUUUUACCACUAGAUUGAUAUGGCUUGAUGCCUAUGGAGUUCCGUUGCCAUGUAAUGAAAGGGGAAAAGGUAAUCUAGUGGGAAAUAUAAGGGUAUUUGAAGUGAUGCAUUAUUGCACUAGAUACUAGCUUAGCAAUGGUUUUGGAAAAGUGUGAAAAGUGUCAAUUUCACAAUUCAUUCAUCUUCUCCACAUUCUUGAGCUCAAAUCUCUCCAUUUAUUAUAUAGUUUGGAUCCGUAUAAUCCAUCAAUGGUGCUUUCAUUGAGAAUUUUGAGCAAUAAUCAAGUGAGAUUCUUCCCAAAAAUUCAAGAAAUUUAUUCCAAAUUCCACCAAAAGUGUUCUGGAAAGUCCAAAAAAAAGAAAUGAAGAAAUCUGGAAUUUUCCAGAUCUGGAGCUCCUCUUGUGCGAUCUAAACCCCGUCAGUCAUGGUGGAAGGGAAGAACUCGCCGGAACCUGCCGAGCGGGGGAAGCAGCUGGAGUCUGGAACCAGGCCAAUGACCAGCGGCGACGCCACAGCAAGGCCGCACAUCGCCGGGAAUCUGCGACCUGGAGAACCAACGACGGAUCUACGGACGCCCCCAAGCAUCAGCUCCGCCACAAUGACAGAUUGAGGACCUGCUGACGGGCAGUUCUCCGCCCAAGUCUGCACUAAACCAGUGUUCGACGGCCAGCGGCGAAGUACGAGAUCUUAGUACAGGCUCCGCCAUCUCGCUCGCGACGAAGCCCAACUCCCAGCCGCUACGCCACCGCUCCGGUUGCCAUAACAGCUCAAGGAAAGCCUAGGCCACGAUUUCCAUCCUCCGGAGUCAUUUUCUUUGGUUGCUGGAGCUCGGCCUCGGAGGUCCACCAUUAAUGGCCACCUCAAAGCUCCAGAAGAUGAUGACCGAGUCUGAGUUUCGUCAUCUCCGCCACAGCGCCGCCUGCCUCCUCCUGGGGAUCUACCGACUGAACGCCACAUGAAGUCGCAGCUCUUCUUCCGGUUUGAGGCCCCCUGAGCGCACCAACGACCCUCCGCCCCAGACCGCAUGGCCCCACGACUUGGUACGAAUGAAG